CAAGAGCCUGUAGCAUUCACUCAGGAGAGCAAGAGCACUUGUGCAUGCAAAUACUAGACUCGCUCUCCUUCGAAACCACCUCGAGCGGCUGCAUCAGCUGCCUCGGCAGGAUUCUGCCGUAUCCAUGGCUGCAGCAAGCGUGCGACUUGUAAGCCGGUCUCUUUGCCUCUCGCUAGGAAGUGAUUGAAACCUUUCCUUGCAGAUGCAGCACCAGUAUUUUAGCGGGUGCUUUGCUCCUAUAAAGUGCAGGUCUUUAAGCUGAACGUGUGGAUUAGUCCCGCCCCGCAGGAAUGGCGGCUCUUCUGCUCCAAAGGGUGCUCAGGACCCGCCUCCUCCUCCGCUCCCCGCCGCAGAGCUCCCGCACCGUCCGCUCCCGCACCGCCCCUGGGAGCACAGACAAAGGUUCUCUGACUAAACGAGCUGAAGCAACUGUUGCUACAGACUGGAAAAAAAAACUGACUCCAGAGCAAUUCUAUGUUACAAGAGAAAAAGGAACUGAACCACCAUUCAGUGGAAUCUAUCUGAAUAACACAGAAUCGGGAAUAUACUACUGCGUGUGCUGCAAUGCCCCACUGUUCAGCUCAGAAAAGAAAUACAAUUCUGGGACUGGAUGGCCAUCAUUUUCUGAAGCUUAUGGUACUUGUGGCAGAGAUGAAAGUAACACCAAUAUCAUGAGACGACCAGAUAACUCAUUGGGAUCAACUAGAACUGAAGUUGUCUGCAAACAGUGUGACGCCCAUCUAGGCCAUGUGUUUGAUGAUGGUCCCACACCUUCUGGGCAGAGGUUCUGUAUCAACAGUGUCUCAUUAAACUUCAGACCAGGCUCUGGACACCCUCCCCACUGCAGGCAGUUUGCCCCUCUUCUGUUAAAGCACAGCUGUACAAAUGGAUGAUGCAGGCUGAGCAGAGGAAAAGGGAAGGGGUAGGUAAAGGAGGAGUGACUGAAGGAAAUGGGUAUGAACUGCUUGAAUUAGCUCUUCUGAGGCUUUUGUUUUGCCAAUGUCUGACUCUUCCUCUUACAUUCUUUGCUGUAUCAGAUAGUGGCUGGAACUGGAUGCACAGCAAUCUCGAGUAGUAUGGUGGGGAUAAGGCAGCAGUUCUUACCUGAUCCAUCUUUUUAUUACAUUAUCACUUGUGAAAAAAUUGUAUGGGUCAAAUGGUUUACUCCUCAGUGGUGUGUCACCAUCUGACUCAGAAUCAACAAUGCUCUUGAUCCCCUCCCCCUCCCACCCAGGCAGGGAAGGAGAGAGAGAAAAAGAGAGAGACUUUGCUGGAUUGAAAACUAAACUACACAGCUUUAAUUAAACACCAAUGAUAAAAGAAAAUACGCACAAUUAUUUACAAAUGUGUUCAGGAUGUUCUGGAAAUGUGCAAAACCCCUAUUGACUCCCUCCACCCCCCAGCAACUCCCACAGCAUCUCCUGAGCUGGAACAGUCCCAAAAAAUCCCAGAGCUGCUGCUGGAGAAAGCACAGAGUGAUGAGGGUCAGGAGAGCUGGAGCCUGGGGGUUGACGGUGCUGGAUGGACGGAGUCGUCCCCGGACACCGGCAAUGGACGGAAGAGAAGAGAAGAAGAAGCAGGAAGGAAGUUGUCUUCUGUGAUCUCUCUCCUUCCUCUGAGCUUAUGUAGAUACAUGGAAUGGAAUAUCUCUGGCCCAUUUUGCUGUCUGUCUAACUCAGCCUCCUACAGGGGGUUAUAGAUCUCUCCGCAGUGUCUGAGCCGGCAGAGUGAAGGUGUGACCUUGAAGCCCCAGCAGUUAGAAAAACAUUCCACCAUUUGUUAUCAUUCCUAGCUGGGACACUCUGCUACUAGUUAAAAGAAAGCUUACUGAAGGAAAAAAAAUCAGUAAAAGGAAAAUUUGCUUCAUCCUGGCUCAAACCAGGACAUGUUGCUUUAUAAAAUGGCAAAUUUGAUAGCCUUGUUUUCUAUUCUUUGUCUUACAGUACAAGAUGGGAUAGAAGGACCAUGUUCAUUUUGGUAUGAGAUAAUUAUCUCUUGAGCACAGCAUUAUUAUUAGGUUAACAAUUAACUUUGAGGAUAUGCAAAGACCUUAAUGUAUAAAAAUGCAAGCUGUGUCUUUGGUUUUAGUGUUCCCUCUUGUGGCUUUUCAUUCUCUAUAUAUCAGCUCAAAUUUCUACUUUUUACAUUCAAGAUCUAUGACAACAUGGCCCCACAUUGUGUUUUGUCUCAGAUGUGCUGAUGGCACUGGCUUGUGUUCUGCCAGUAACAUCUGCCUCAGUAAAUUUAAGGUCAAGUUUUCUUCAAAUGCAUUUGUGCUUUAUCUUGGGCUGCCAAAACCAGAGGAGAUCCAUCUAACACUCUGCAGGGCCAGUUAGUUACCCUGCCUCUUCUGGGCCUCCUCCCUGAUAUUUGCACCUCUCAGAAUGCACACAGAGCACGUCCAGGCAACUGACGUACACCCACAGCUGUGAUGAUUCCAUUGUUACUUUGUGCUUCAUGCAUCUCGCAGGGGAAUCCCUGUGACACUUUUCAUCAUGAAUUUGAGCUUAUCUCCCGUGAUGAUGCAUUUACACAAACUAAUUCUAUAUCUUUAAACAGAGUUGUUGAUAUUUAUGGCCUCAUCCCUAUAUUAUGUAAAUUGCUGGACAUUCAGGACCUUUGACCAUAAGCUCGUUGGAGCAGGGGACUUAAUUAUCUUCUGUGUCUGCGGUACCAACCACACCAGGACAGAUCCCAGCUAAAGAUCCAAAGUGCUGGCAGAUCUUGAAUAACAAAAAUGGUAAAAUGGAAGACACUAUUAAAGAGUAUCAUAGACUACAAGAAUUUCCUUGUGUAUCUGCACUGAGUUUGUUCCACCAUAGCAAAUAGAGCACAGUUGCUUCUCUGAGCUGAAUGUACUCUGCCAGGCAACCGCAGACAUGUUCCAUCCUUCACAUCUUAGAAGUUUUUCAACAUUGUUAUUUCAUUAAUUAGUUUCAAUGAGGAUACUUUUUAUGCUAUUGUGUUUUUAAAUAAUCUUUUGAUAAAUCCUAAUUGAGGUUUCUACAUAAUUCUUAAGAGAUUUUAACAUCUUGAAUAAACUAUUUAAAGAUUUC